AUGAUUUCGUUACUUUUCGUUUUCUCAUUAUCAUCUAUAGAAGGACCAAUUCCUGGAUGCGAAGAAACUUUUCAAGGACUUGAAGAAGGGGGAUAUUCUAUAACCAGAACAAUCGAACCAGGCCAGUUCUUAUGUUUCAUGGGAUCUGUUUUAAUAAAAGCCGAUAAAAAUUUUGUAGCUACUUAUGCAUUUAAGUCUAAUUCUGAUGGCACAACUUCAGAGAUAAAGACAGCAGAAAAUCCGUUUCUUAUUGGCUCACUUACUUCUAAAGCAUUUAUUAAAUUUGCAGCCAAAGAUUCGAGUGAAAAGUUGGUAAUAUCACUAACUUGUGUUAAACCAUCUGACCAAACAAAUACGCAGUUCUUUGGAGGAGUUUUUACUACAAUGAAAUCUUUCAAAAAGUCAAUUUCGAUUUCUUACCAACGAAUUCUAGCAAUAGUAGCAAUUAAUGAAAUACCAUUAAGUAUAACAGCGCCAGUAAGUCAAAGUCUUACCAAAACAUUAACGGUUAAUGGUCAUUCGACUACAACAGAAAAAAGUGGUAACGCGAUUUAUUUGAGUUUAACUCCCAACUAUAAAGACCAAUCUUUUUAUAGCAAAUCAGAAAAAGUAACUAUUGAAUGUUCCCCAGAUCCUAAUGCCGAAAAAGAUGAACAAUACGUUAAUCAUUUCGGUGAAGAUAUUUUCUAUAUUCUCCCACCAGAAGGUGCCCACAGCCGUGAUCAAGUUGUUCAAUAUACACAAACUCAUAUGAAUAUCUUUGAUGGUGAAGGAACAACUCCAGGUGGCAAUCCAACUCCUGGUGGCAAUCCAACACCAAGUUGCAAAGAAACAUAUGGAGAUACAGAAUAUCCGAUAAGCAAAAUCCUUGAUAUUAAAGCAGGUGAAACAUAUUGCACAAAUUCUGAAUAUGUUUAUGCAUCAAAAGAUGAUUUCAAAGUCACUGUUCAUAACUAUACCGCUAAAGAUGCUACAGAAAAAAUUUAUGAUAACCCAUUUAGUAUUGUUGGUGGUAAAUUCCUUAAUGAAAUCAAAUGCGCUGACUCUACAAAAGAAUGCAAAGUUCAUAUAGUUACUAUUUACCCUCCAGCGAUUGAAUCAGGAGUUACCUGUUAUUCUAUUUUCACAACAAAGAAUAACCUUGAAUUCAAGAUGAAUAUGACACAUACCAACGACAAAAUUGAAUAUUUCGUUAUGACAUCGCACAGCAUCCAAGAGAAAGAGAUUGAGAUUAAGCUCGAUAAAGAAGGAGCAAAAUAUGGUCUUGGAAAUUCUGAUGAAAAACAAGAAUAUGAAAAACACCGCGGAAAAACAAUUGUAGCAGUCCCGGCAAGUGAAAAUAUUACAUUGGAUGGUACUGCAAUUGUGUCAGUAACAAUAAAGGAAGUUAAGGGUUCAUCAGAAGAUGUUUCAGAAUCAUUGUUCGAUAAAGACUUAUUUUACGAAAUUCCAGAAGGUGUAAAAACUGAGAAAGAAGUAAAAGAACAUUCUGGAAAUAGUAAUAUCGGUGCAAUUAAGGAUGAUAACAGCGGAGGUCUUAGCGGUGGAGCAAUUGCUGGCAUUGUAAUUGCAAUUGUCCUUGUCAUUGUAAUUGUCUGUGUUCUUGUUUGGUUCUUUGUCUUCAGGAAGAAAUCUGAUCAGAAAGAAUCAAGUUCAUCAAGUAAUUAA